GCCCCUCCUCUUCCGUCCUACCUCUUCCUUCCUCCUCGCUUCGUCACCCUCCGCCCUCCUCUCCCGUCUCCUCCCUCUCGCUACCCCCAUCAACCUCUCCGCGCCGCCGCCGCCGCCGCCGCAAGUCGCCGCCCCGCUCGCCGCUCUCCCUCCUAGAUCCUAAUCGUCCGCAGCAACCCACAACCCACCGGCGAUUCCACCUCCACCCCACUCAGGAGGGGAGGGGGAGGAGAAGAGGGGGACCAAGAGGCCGCCGCCGCCGCCGCCGCCGCCGCGGGCCUCGUCCCCGAGCAAGCAGCCAUGUUCGGCUCCAGCAACCCAUUUGGGCAGUCGUCCACUAGCCCUUUCGGCCAGACCUCAAGCAACCCUUUUGGGGCCCAGACAGGAUUUGGCCAGGCCAGCACCUCCACCUCCAAUCCGUUCGCGCCGAAACCAUUUGGCAGCCCGACCACCACGUUUGGGGCACAGACAGGAGGCUCACCUUUUGGCACGACGUCCACGGGGGCCUUUGGCCAGCCGUCCACUCCAGCGUUUGGCUCCACGUCCACAGGUGCCUUUGGCCAGCCAUCCACCCCGGCGUUUGGCGCGACGUCCGCUGGGGCCUUCGGCCAGCCAUCCACUCCGGCGUUUGGCACUCCAUCAUCCUCUCCAUUUGGGAGCUCUGCGCCAGCUUUUGGUGCAUCACCAGCCCCUGCAUUUGGCGCCACAUCGUCCACCUUUGGCAGCGGAUCAUCAUUAUUUGGACAAAAGCCAAGCUUUGGUGGUUUUGGUUCCUCUCCUAGCCAAUCCAAUGCUUUUGGAGGCACAUUCCAGCAAACACAACCAGCAUUUGGUAGCAGCACUUUUGGUGCAUCAAGCACGCCGGCCUUUGGUGCCACAACUACACCAGCAUUUGGCACCACCACCCCAGCAUUUGGUUCAACAUCGCCAUCAUUAUUCGGUGCUACCAGUGCCCCAGCAUUUGGUUCUAGUGGCUUUGGAUCUUCAGGUACCCCAGCCUUCGGUGCAAGUAGCACUCCAGGAUUUGGAGCUUCAAGCUCAGCUUCAUUUGGCACAUCAACGAGUGCUUUUAGCUUUGGCUCUUCACCAUCUUUUGGUCAAACAGCAUCUACAUUUGGUAGCACUCCUUUUGGAACAUCUACAUCUCCUUUUGGUGCACAGACUUCUCCAUUUGGCUCACAGACAGCAGCACCGACAUUUGGGCAAACAUCAUUUGGGAACCAAGCAGGAGGAACCAGAAUUCAACCCUAUACUCAAACUCCAGACGCGGAUAGUGCUACAAGUGGUGCUCAGCCCACUGCAAAGUUGGAUUCUAUAUCAGCCAUGGAGGCAUACAAAGCGAAGAGUCAUGAAGAGUUGAGGUGGGAGGAUUACCAACGUGGAGACAAAGGUGGACCUAAUCCUUCAGGAACUCCAGCAGCAACCCCUAGCUUCCCAUCCCCACUGAACAAUCAAUUUCCCCAGAACCCUUCAAAUGCAUUCCAAACUUCAAAUGCAUUCCAAACGACAUCCGUUAGCAAUCCAUUUGCUGCCAAGCCUUCCACUGGUUUCGGUUCUACUUCCACAACAUUGUUCAAUUCACCAUUCAAUAAUACAUCAGCAGCAAGCUCAAGUCCAUUUGCAUCAACUACAAGUAUCCCAUUAUUUACACAAACAAGCAGUUCUCUGUUUGCAAAUUCUACUCCUGGUUUUGCUUCUUCUUCUCCGUUUGGCGCAUCAUUAUCAAACCCCAGUUCAUUCAGUACUGGCUUGUCCUUGGUUAACACUCAAUCAGCUGGGCUAUUUAGUUCUUCCCCGGCGUUUGCGCAACAGCCAUUUACCCAGGCAUCAUCAGGGUUCGGAUUGAGCACUCCAGCUUUCUCUACUGGAAGCCUAUUCAGCACACCUACCCCUGGAAUGACUGGUGGACUGUUUGGCAGCAUGUCUUCACCCUUUUCAUCAACGGCGUUUCAACAAUCUGCCCCUACUCCAAGCAUGUUCUCCUUCCAACCUCAAACUCAAACAGCUCCUACUGGUGGAUUUCCUGGCAUUUCCAACACUAUGAAUCAGGCACCUUUUGGACAGCCAACUCCUAGCCAGUCCAAUAUGGUCAUGCAACCAGCUCUUGUUACAAAUCCCUUCGGUACUCUGCCAGCAAUGCCUCAGAUGUCCAUUGGGAAUGGUGGAUCAGCCCCUUCUGUUCAAUAUGGAAUCUCAAGUUUGCCAGUUGCUGAUAAGCCUCUUACGAACAGGACAUCAUUAUCCAUGGUGGUUCCUAGGCAUUUGUCGCAGAGAAGGAUAAAAGUGCUGCCCAGAAAAUAUAAUCCGAUAUCUGAUGGCAAGGUCCCAUUCUUUGCUGAUGACGAAGAAUCUCCUGCAACACCAAAAGCUGAUGCGUUUUUCAUUCCUAGAGAGAACCCGAGGAAUCUUAUAAUCCGUCCAAUUGAUCAGUGGCCUUCACGUGGCACUGUUGACAGGCAGCCAAUUCCAAAGAAUUUAGUUGAUACAGAUAAACAUAAAGGCCCUCUGGCUAUUUCACCAACCAGGUCUACUUCAAUCGAAAAUGGCAUCCAGCGUGAUGACCGUGCAUCAAAUGAGCCUGAUACUGUGACAAGGCAUGGGAAUGGUACUUCUGUUGAGAGGCUUGUGCCUAAGCUAGUGCAUGCCGAUUAUUAUACAGAGCCUAGUCUGGAGGAGCUUGCUGCCAAAGAACGUGCUGAACCAGGCUACUGCAGUCGUGUGAGGGAUUUUGCUGUGGGACGUCAUGAUUACGGUAGCAUCAAGUUUAUUGGAGAAACGGACGUGAGGGGCCUUGAUCUGGAGUCCAUUGUGGAAUUCAAUAACCGUGAAGUGAUCGUGUACAAGGACGAUAGCAAGAAGCCCCCUGUUGGUGAGGGUCUGAAUAAAGCUGCCGUGGUGACCCUUCUCAAUAUCAAGUGCAUGAACAAGAAGACGGGGGAUCAGUACACAGAGGGUCCGAGGGUGGACAAGUACAAGGAGAUGCUGGUGAAGAAAGCUGAGGAGCAGGGUGCUGAGUUCAUCUCUUUCGAUGCCGUCAAUGGCGAGUGGAAAUUCAGGGUCAAGCAUUUCAGCUCCUAUGGCUUUGGUGAAGCUGAAAUCGUCUCUUGCUAGUGCUCUUUCCUUCGUGUUUUUUAUAUUCCUUCUGUAACUGUGUAGGGGAGGAUGCUCAACUGGUGAUGAAGUAGUGCCUCCUUAUUUUCGUCCUGGCAUGGGUUUUGCGUUUGUACUUCUGUACAGUUCAUGGUGUCUGCAAAUUGUGCCUUGAUAGCUGAGGUAAUGUGAAACAAUAGAUCCAUGGAUGAGUACUUUUUUUAAUGCCAGUUCAGCCCAAAGCGACGAUGCUGUGCAAGCGCAA